AGCGUCGCUGAAGAUACCAAUCGACUGUUCCUCUCUGUCACUCGUUGGAUGAAAUAAAAUGUGAAACAACUGGUUUGCAUCUGUCUAAGCGAAGGGAGCACGACGCAGAUAAUCUUAGCGGUGCUGGUUUCUUUCCCCAUCAGGUUGACUUCAGAUUCAGCACAUAUAAGGUGGACAUCAGAAGAGCUGAAAUCUACUGCCUGAAACAGUUUGUUAUCUCUUAGAAAGCUGGAAACAAUCCAUAAUCUUGUAUCAUGACCAGGUCAGUCUCUACAAACAAUGAAACUACUCCCAUAUGCUUCUCCAUAAACAACCCGCCCUUCUCCUACAACCACACCAUUGCCUCUGCCUAUUUCUCUGCUGUGUUCAGCGGACUUGGCCUCAGCUCCAACCUGUUUGCCUUCAUAGUGCUAGUCAAGGCAUACCAGCGGACCCAGAGCCGCUCACGCUCCUCCUUCCUCACCUUCCUCUGUGGCCUGGUGGUGACUGACUUCAUGGGACUGCUGGUAACGGGGUCCAUUGUGGUUUCCUUCCAUGUCACACAUUUCAACUGGCGUGAACUGGACCCCUACUGUCACCUCUGCAACUUCAUGGGCAUGUCCAUGGUGUUUUAUGGCUUGUGCCCCCUGCUAUUGGGGGCUGCCAUGGCCGUGGAGCGCUUUGUCGGCAUCAAUCGACCAUUUGCCCGCUCCGCCAACAUGUCCAAGAGCCGGGCCCUAUCCACGGUGCUGAUGGUGUGGGUUGUUGCCGGCUGCAUCAGCCUACUGCCUGUAAUGGGCCUAGGCAGCUAUCACAUGCAGAAGCCGGGCUCCUGGUGCUUCUUCAACAUCGGCUCCAAGCCGCUGGACCUGACCUUCAGCCUCAUCUUCUCGCUGGUGGGGCUUCUGUCGCUGGCCAUAUCCUUCAUCCUGAACACAGUGAGCGUGGUGACGCUGCUGCGGGUGUGCUGCAGCCAGGAUGGCAGGACCCGCCGGAGGGACUACGAGGUGGAAAUGAUGGUCCAGCUCAUCUGGAUCAUGAUCAUCGCCUCUAUCUGCUGGUGCCCUCUGUUGGUGUUUAUCUCAGAGACUGUGCUGUCGGGCAGCACACUCCAGAUCAGGUAUCUGCUGCUUUGGAUCCGCUUUGCUACCUGGAACCAGAUCCUGGACCCCUGGGUCUACAUCCUGUUCCGCCGUUCCGUCCUGAAGCGCAUCUACCCCAGGAUGGACUGGUCCCGGGGGUCCAUCAUGACGCUGUACCCCAGCUUCACUGCAUCCAUGAGGAGGCUGACCCGUUCCUCCCUGGGAGGCAGGGUCAGCGAUAUGGAUGACAAAGGAGCCCCACGAGGAGAGGACACACCCACUUCACUCAAGCCGCUUCCUCCAAAUUCCUAACCCCUCCCUCCUAUCUGAUCCAAGCCACUCUGUCGGUCUGUGCUUUUUAAAUGAUUCCUCUGAGCAUAUCUCCUUCAUGUAAACACAUGCCUUUGCCAUCAGGCUAAGUUUACUUUAUUAUUUUAGUUACAGUAGAAUAUGAUUGUAAAGUAAGUGGAAGUCAAUAUGUAAAAAGGUCUUUUUCAGAAUGACUGUAGUUUGUACUUCUGAGUUUGUAAUGGAGAAUGAUGCCUCAUAGUGUAGAGUUCUUAUGCUUAAAUACUUUUUUACCAUUCUGUCCACCUGCUGGAGGUGCUAUAACUGACAUAGCUGUGUUCGGUGUUAAAGUAUAAGUUGAGAUUGAAGCUGACAUCUGUUCUGGAUCAAGAUUGAAAUGACACACUGUGUAGCUGGUUCCAGUAAGCCUUAGACUUGGACGAAGUUGAAAGGCUUUGAGAAAGCCCUGAUGGUUGAAACGCCAAAAUGAUGAAGGGCCUGUUGGUUGUGUAUAAGCUCUCAUGAUGGGUUACAGCUGCAGCAGAGCAGCUCUCAGGUGGUGGAUUAGAGGAUCAAAACAAAGUUGUUCCUCUGGAACAUUGCAUCUUUAAUAUAGUUCAUCUUAAUUUAAUUAAUUGAUUUUAAUAGCAUGUAUAUCAGUGUAUUUUAGGCUUAAACAUUGCCUAAUGAAAUAAAUAAAUAUUAGUAAUAAUUUUGUUAGAAUUAUAAUCAUUCCAGUUUUUUUUUUUGAGGCAAUGAUUUACAAGAUUGUCAUAGCAAGAUAAAUUGUGUAUUGCAGCAACAACAAGAAGAUCAUAGGUAUAGAGCAGCAAAUCAGAGUCUAACAAUGUCUAAUAAUUAUAUGUAAGAGCUACACUAUUCUUAGGUAUGUUAUUCUUUGAGGUUGGAGUGAUCUGAAAGCGGGUGCUAGCCAUAAGGUAUGUUUAGGUUCGGGGAACCAAGGUGAUUUCUGAAAAGAAUUGUUUGUAGUCAGCAGAAAAUGUUGGAAUAUGUUGUUCAGGUAGUUGCAGGUAUUCAAGCUUAUUCCAUUACUAGGAACGUAAUGAGGAAAAAAAUGAAUUGGGAUAUAUGGCCAUGGAGGGGAGAACUGAUCAGAUGACCUGAGUUUGCCAUGAGGAGAGCUUGGGCAGGUGUGUCAGCUGGGUCAGAUAAUGGACUGGCAGAAGGAAGGGACUGUGUUGUUGUCUCCCCAAGAGCACAGCACAAAGGUCUUGAAUUUAAUGCAAGCAGUGACUUAAAACCAUUUAAGGGAGAAAAGGAGAGGUACAGUAUAUCCCUGGCAAAUUCAUGGAGGUGGAAUAUUACUCUGAAUGAGGCUAGGUGGUCUGGUUGCACAGGUGGGGAGACCGACUACCAAACAGUUGCAGUUGUCUAAGCAGUUUAGCACAGGGGACGACGUUGAAGAAGAACCUGUGGCACCAGGUCACUGAAGAGAUGUUGACUUUGAAGGAGCAUUUAUCAGUGAGAGUAAUAAUUAGGUUUGCAGGAGGGGAACAGUGAAAUCCAUUUCAAGGUAUUGAGGAAUAUUGGAACAGGUGAAAGUUAAGCCAACAAGUAGGGUGCUUGGAAAUUGUACAGUGCUUCAGGUGCACCACAAAAGCUCCAAGAAAUCCCUGAGUGAAAUGUGAUUUAAGUAUCAGCAACUGCUUCUAUACCAUUUGUACCAAUAUAUAGCUAUAGGAACAGGCAAUUAAUGCGGUUCUUUUAUGUGUGGCACUGAUAUGUAGCUUUAUAAAAAUGCUCUGUUGCAUGAUCAAGUACAACAAGUGUGGCACAGUGGUGAAGCAGGUGGAUAUCUAACUCAGAUGCAGCUGAAGGAUCAAUUUCUAGGCUAGGCACUGCCAUUGUACCUCUGAGAAAGGUUCUUGAAUUGCUUCAGUAAACAUCCAGAUGUGCACGGUGCCAUGAUAGCAUCUGCUGAGAAAAAUUAUUACGUAAAUACAUAGACAUUUGCUUUUGAAGACACCGUAUAUGAUAUUGUUGUGUAAUACAGCAAUCGAGUUCACCUUGUAACAUUUUGUACUGUAUAUCUCUGCAAGUUAAGCUUAUUAUGACAUGCUCUUGUUUUGUUAACAAUAGUCACACACCACAUUGCACCCAAUUCUAUAUUGUGUAAUGCGAUACAGAUAUUUAUUUCACGGCAGUCAUUAAAAUAAGUGUCUAUGGUUGGAAAGUGAUGUCAUCAGGAAAUAAAUAAAUUGUGUUCUAACAGGGCAGUCUCAGAAAGAAUCCUCUAAUGUUCCAACAUUUGUCAUUGGUAAUACAGAGCGGAAUGUUUAGAAAAUAUCGUCAGUACCCAUGACAAUGAAUCUUUUUCCUAUAGCAAAAAUAAA